UCGGGUGGAGGAUUGUGUUAGUUUGCGCUGUGUUUAUUGUUAAGGUUGUGUGGAUUAGCACUGGGAUGCCCGGUUUAUAUAUAUAACAGUCACACUUUAGCUUUAGGACGAGUUAAAGGGGUGCGGUAUGUACCGGUUUAGUACGUAUUGUUCUAUUCACUAAGCAGUUUAACGUCGUUAUUUUUUUUUCUUCACGGGGAGCCAGAUUAGCUUAUAAAGCAGGCCACUCAUUGCUGUUGUUGAUACUGGUAAAUGUUUUGUGUACGUGUGUUUUUGACCAGCAGCUGUGUAGGUUGUGCUAGUUCCAUUUUAUAAUCGGUUAAAAUCGAUUUGUAUGUGCGUAGCUGGAAUGUAAGAAUCUGUAGAGCGGGAACCGACACGGAGCCGACGGCCCGGAGGAGGGAGGAAGAUCAGGAAGGAGGACAGGCUGGGAGCUGAACAAUUCAAACAUCUGAAAACGACAGGCUCCAGAGUAUCCGGUUUCCAUGACAGCUGCAGUUUCUCGUUUCUAACACACGACUCUAGGAAAUGUGAUCAUAAAGUCAUGAAUCCGCUCCCGACUUGAUCUCCACUUGUGUCCGAGUUCCCCCCCAUCAUCUGUCACUGGUUCGAUCCGCUUAUGGCCAACUCUGUAGCGUUGGUGGUCCAAGCAGAACUCCUGCCGCCCCAGUCCGCUCCUCCCCUCUCCUCAUUCCCAUCCCUGCUGGGACCAGGAGAGGAUGGGGAGGAGGACAGGGAUGGAGGGCAGCUGGUGGAUGGAAACAAGGGGGUAGUGGAAGGUGGAGAGGAGGUGGUUCUGGAUGUUGUUGCUUCGUCUGGAUCAGAUCUGCCUUCAGCUCAGCAGCCAGAGCAAUCAGAACAUCCUUUCCAGUGUCUGGACUGUGGGAAGAGCUUCAGGUGGUCAUCCAGGUUAACCCACCACCAACGCAGCCACAACAAUGAGAGACCAUACCGCUGCAACCUCUGCCCCAAGGCCUUUAAAGGCUCCUCUGCUCUUCUCUACCACCAGCGGUCUCACUCAGGAGAGAAGCCUUAUAAAUGUGAGGACUGUGGCAAAGCCUUCAAACGCUCCUCUCUUCUCCAGGUCCAUCGGAGUAUUCACACCGGAGUUCGGGCCUUCUUAUGUCCUUACUGCCCGCUAACUUUCAAAUGGAGCUCUCACUACCAGUAUCAUCUGCGGCAGCACACUGGGGAAUGCCCAUACCCAUGUGACAUCUGUCCCAAAGCGUUCAAGAACUCAAGCAGCCUGCGGCGACACAAGAACGUCCAUCUCGGCCUAAAGCCUUACACGUGUUCAGUGUGUAGCAAGUGCUUUACUCAGUCCACGAACCUGCGGCAGCACAUGAGAAUACACACAGGAGAGAGGCCGUACGUCUGCGGCGACUGCGGUCGACGCUUCACGCAUUCGUCGAACCUGGCUUUGCACAAGAACUCUCAUAAUAACGCAGGAGUCAAAGAGGGCAAGAGGGGAGAGGGCCGAGAGAAGGGGAAUGAGGUAGUGGAGGUGGUGGUUGGGGCGGAAGAAGUCACAUCAACCAUGUUGACAGACAUGGUGGGUUUCGUGAGCCAGGAGGGAACUGACGGAGUCGGAGUAGGAAUGGAAGAAGUGUUCCUGACAACUACCUCCUCUGGUCAGAAUCCGAGCCUUCUCCCGCAGCUCACCCUGGCGCCUUCUGGGGAGGACGUGUGCACAUCCAGGGCCAUUGGGACGGAGGUUCAUCUGAGCACCGACAGUGGGGCCAGCGUGCUGUUGUACAGCUGCGGCAGCUGCAGCCACACGUUUGGCACUCGAACGGACCUGGAGCAGCACCAGGCCAUCCACAUGGUUACUAGUGAACAGGACUCAGCCGGCGAGGCGGGGCAUGGGGCUGGGAUGGUGGUCGGAGAUGGACUUGUGGGAGCUGGACACCUGCUGGCUGACUUUGAAGAGGUAGUGGAGACCACCACUGUGGCUGAAAGUGGACAUACGACCGAGGUGCUCCUUGGUUUGGCAGAAAGGGUCGAUGGCAGUAACGCUAAUGUGAGCACAACCCAGGCCCAGUUUGACCUGCUGCAGAGCUUCACAGAGGUGACUCAGAGCUCAGAGGCUGUGCAGCCAGAGGCCAGAACCACAUGGGCCGGGUUGUCAUGUGGCUACUGCAGUAAGACCUUCAAGACCAGUGCAGGCCUCAAUAGACAUGUGUCACUGAUGCACCCUCUUCCAUCGCAGUCACGCUCCCAGUUCAGCUGCUCCGCCUGUGACCGCUCUUUCCCUCUGCUCUCAUCACUCCUCACCCACCAGCACUCCCACACCCCAGAGCAACGCCUCCUGGCCGAAGCAGAGGCAGAGAUAGUGUGUCCUCCAUCCCUUUCCCUGUCUCUGCCUCUACCCUCCUCCCCCAGCCAGGCUGACAAGCAACAUGAGGACCAGAGGGAGAUCCAUGUCAACAUCAUCACAGUCGAAGAGGAGACGGAGGAGCACCAGCCCAAACCCGCUAAAGCCCCUAAAAAGGCAGGAUCUGGCAAGAGUCUUCCUGCUGGAGAGAGGCCCUACCGCUGUUCGGAUUGUGGAAAGGCCUUUAAAGGUUCCUCAGGACUGAAGUACCACAUGCGGGAUCACACCGGAGAAAGGCCGUAUCGCUGCACUGAGUGUGGAAAGAGCUUCAAGAGAUCCUCUCUGCUCUCAAUCCAUCAACGAGUGCACACAGGGGUAAGGGCGUUCCAGUGUCCUCACUGCCCCCUCACCUUCAAAUGGAGCUCCCACUACCAGUACCACCUGCGGCAGCACACUGGGGAAAGACCAUAUGUAUGUAAAGAGUGUGGCAAGUCCUUCAAGAACACCAGCUGCCUGCGGAGGCACAGUCAGAUGCACUCUGGGCUCCGGCCUCAUACGUGCUCCAUCUGCUCCAAGUCUUUCUCCCAGACGUCAAAUCUCAAACAGCAUGAAAGAACGCAUUCUGGCGAGAGACCGUUCCAGUGCACACACUGCAGUAAAAGCUUUACACACUCCUCCAACCUGCAGCUCCAUCUCCGAACGCACUCCACACGCAAGGACUACAAAUGCCCGUUCUGCUCCAAGGCGUUUGUCAUGCACUCUUAUUUGCAGAGACAUAUUCGAACCCACGGGAACAGCGUUUCCCUCCCUUGCCCCGGAGGCAGAGGUAAGGACGGCGUGGCUGUGAAGGCCAGCGUGGGCGGAGUCACAACCACCACCACCCUGCUCAAUCCCAUCACCCUGGAAACCACAGGAAACAACGGCAGCCUGAUCGUGUCCCAGCCAGCACUUAACAUCCCCCCUAACACCUCCCAGAACUACUUCAUGAUUCAGACGACGAACGGCCUGCAACUCAUCCCUCUGUCGCCUCCUGCUCCUCCCCCUCCUCCUCCUCCACCUCCUCCAUCUCAGUCACAAAACUUUCUCCUCCUUCAGUGUCCCGCCACUAAUGGCAGCCAGUCCAGGCUGAUUCUCCUCCCCACAGCAAACAACCCUCCACCACCUCCAGAUCCGCAGUCCUUUCAUAUCCUUCAAACCGUACAAGCAUUCCAGCCCGUCCUUGGCCAAACACAGACUCGGAUCCCCCAGUUUCAAACCAUAUCCCAGCAACAGCAGCACGCCAAUAUCAUUAUUACAAACACUACUCCCUCUCAGGUUGCCAAUGAGAACCACAGCAUCUCGGCCCUGCUGACCAAGCCCAUUUUAGGGAAGAGCACACGGACGGCGCGGGGCCGGCGUGGCCGCAAACCAUCGGCUGCUCUGAAGAAAACCACAGCGGCUCCCAUAAAUCUGAGGGUAGGCGCUGCUGCUCAAGUGGCAAACUCUAACACUGCAGGCGACAUUCGUAUUACUGCUGAUAACACUAAUGCAGGCUCGGAGCUGUCCAGCUCUGCUGCCAAAACGCUUGCAUCCUCCCCCGCUGUAGCCCUCAAAGCAGCCUCCUCAGAAUCACUGCCAAACACCUCGAACGCAACCGUUUCACUUUCUGCUACCCCUGAAGACAUUCCUCCUUCAUCUAUGAAUCAGAACGGUAAAGAGGAAGCUAUGGCGGGGAAAGAGUUUCUGCUGUGCUUUGAAAACACAGAGCAACCGAAGGAUGGGCUGAAUGUAAAGGAGGGUGGGGAGCCGUACGUGUUACAGUUUGAAGGAAGUCCAUCAGGGGGGGCGGGAGAUCAAGGGAUCGAUGUAGAGAGGAAGUCCAUUGUGUUGCAGUUUAAGACAGGCCGACAAGAUGAAGGUGAAAAGGGGGGAAAUAAGGAGGGGGUUAUGACACUUCUGCAUGAAUGGGGAGAGGGAAAGCACGGUGGGAGUCAGGCAGUUGGGGAGGGAAGUCAGGGGGAGUCGUACGUCCUUCAUUUUCACACCGAAGCUCAGGAAAGUUCUCCACCAGGUGCCGCCUUCAACCGAGGACAAGACAACGGUCUUGAGCUUUCCUGCUCAGCAACCCAAGCCUUCGUCCCCAUCGACGGACAGGAGGUGGUGUUCGACCAGAUGGAGCCAGAGGCCGAGCAGAGCGUGCAGAUGAUAGCGCUGAUCGAUGGCGAAGAGGAAAUGAUGGGAGAAGGUGGGGCAGCCUGCAAUGCCGCGGCUGAGGACGAGGAAGGGAUGAAGAGCAUAUUCCAGCUGGAAAACGGAGACGAGAUCGUUAUAAUCGAGGUCAGCACCAGCCAGCUGAGAGGUGAGGAGGGGGAGAUCUCCCCUAGCAGCCACGUGAAAGGGGAAGGCGUAACGGCCAACAUGAAGGAAAAGUCCGCAAAAGAAAACACAUCAGAAGGACAAACACCCGAAGACUCAAUAAAAAACUGCACUAUAUCAAACUCUGGGGAGCUAAAGUUCUCUGAGUGAUGAUGGGGUCAGUGAGAAGGUGAAUGAGCCACUAUGUGGGCUGUUUGGUAGCACUUUAGUCAUUGGAGGUCUGGAAGUGAGAACGGACAUGCAGUUCAAGGAUUGUUGUGUGUAAUGCCAUGGUGCCGCUUUCUAGAAAUGUUAUACAUUUAAAUAGGCUAAAUCAUGGACUUUCUGUUAUUCCUAAAUGCUUUAGUUAAAUUAUACUGUCACCGGCAGUUUGUUUAAGUAGGAUUUUUGUUAAGUGUUGUACAUGGGACACUUUCCUCUCAGUGUUAAUAGCAAAUAGUAACUAAUUAAUAAUAAAUUUGUUAAUAUAUUUUGUUUGACUUAUUGAACAACAAAAGGAGGACAUUAUGUUCAUGUACAAGUUGACAUGAAAAGUGGAGGAGUGGCAUGAAAAUAUCACUUUAUUACUCAAGUUUUUAGAUUUUAUAUUAUGAUAACUCUGAAUUCCCAGUGGCUUUCGAAUGCAACGUUGUUUUACAUUUAAAGUAAGGUCUGAAAAUGCAUGUUUUACAUGAUUUCAAUUGCUAUUCAAAUUUGUUUUGACUGCAGUUAAUAACUGUUAAAUCAGCAUCACAAGAUUUUCCUACAAUAAAAU